AUGGAUGUUGUCUCCAUGGGGACUGUGAGGAUGUCCCAGAUGUGCAUGCUGAGAUGGGUCAUCCUGCUGAUGGGGCUGCAGUCGGUACAAGGAGGCUUCUUGGGGGAUUAUGGGGAUGUUAUGAAGGAUCCUAUGGACUUUACAACCUGGCCGCCAACAACAACAACAGUGUUCCCAAUGACGACUGUGAUGGUAACAAAAGUUCAACCAAAUCCUGAUCAUCAGUCCACGAUCUGCAGCACAUGGGGAAAUUUCCACUUCAAGACCUUUGAUGGUCAAUUCUUUCAAGUGCCAGACACGUGCAACUAUGUUCUGACAGUGAUGUGUGACAUUACGGUUUCUGAUUUUAACAUCCAAAUGCAAAGAGAGACUGUGAAUGGCUCAAUCACCUUUAGCACAGUCACAAUAAAGCUGGAGGGAACAAUCAUCAAAAUCACUAAUGGCGACAUCACCAUGGAUGAUCAAGCGGUGUCGAUUCCAAUCAAUCAGAAUGGAAUUAAAAUUGAAGGAACCCCAACAAGUAUUAAAGUCUCCAGAUAUGGAAUGACUGUCUUCUGGGAAGAAGACAACUCUAUAUUGAUUGAACUUGCAGAGAAGUACCAAGGUCAGACCUGUGGACUCUGUGGAAACUACAACGGCAACAAGAAUGACGAUAUCCCUGAAAGCGGCCCAGCCACCUGGAAGGUUUCCACACCAACUGAAUCCUGCGAGGACGUUACACUUCCUCCUGGGGAUCAGUGCGACCAGCACAUAAGUGUUUGCCAGCAGCAUCUCAGCAGUCCAGGGUUUGCUGACUGUUACAGGGUGAUGGACAUGAUUUCAUUUGAAAAAGCCUGUGUAGACGACCUGUGUCAGUGUUACGGCAAUCACGACUGUCUCUGCAACACGCUCACAGAGAUUUCACGACAGUGCACUCAUGCUGGAGGAAUACCAGGAACAUGGAGGACAGAACAGCUCUGUCCAAAGACGUGUCCUUUGAACUUGCAAUACAUGGAGUGUGGGAGUCCGUGCAAGAACACCUGCUCAGAUCCAGAUGCAAAUCUAAUGUGUAAAGAACACUGUCUGGAUGGCUGUUUUUGCCCUGAAGGCACCGUGGAAGACGACAUUGGCCUGAGUGGCUGCGUUCCUGUGAACGAGUGCCCUUGUCUGCAUGACGGCGCAGUAUAUCGAUCAGGAGAGUCUUACAAACAAGCUUGCAAAAAAUGUGUGUGCGCCGCUGGACACUGGACUUGUACAUACCUGGAAUGUCCCGGAAUCUGCUCUGUUGUUGGAGGGUCUCACAUCACCACUUAUGAUGGAAAGACCUUCACCUUCAGCGGCAACUGUGACUACAUCCUUACUAAGCACUCUAAUGACAGUGAUAUUGCUGUCGUGGGAAACCUGGCCAAGUGUGAUCCGGCCCGAACAGACACAUGUCUAAAUUCAGUUACCCUUGUCAUUUCGGGGACCACUAUUAGUUUUGCCUCCAAUGGUGUUGUGACACUGAAUGAAAACAGUCCAUAUAAGCUUCCUGCCACCACAGGUCCUGUGAGCAUCUUCCAGCCCACUUCCUCUUUCAUCAUUGCUGAUAUGAAGAGCCUUCAUCUAGAGAUCCAGUUGGCUCCAGUCAUGCAGUUGUAUAUUGUAGCCAGCACUGAAGAGAAAGGGAAAAUGAGUGGUCUAUGUGGAAACUAUAAUGAUGUCCAAUCAGAUGACUUCAAAACAGAGUCUGGUAUCAUAGAGGGCACACCAAUAACAUUUGUCAACUUCUGGAAGAAAACCCCAUACAGUUGUCCAGAUCUUGAAAACACAUUUGACAACCCCUGUAGCUUGAGUGUGGACACAGAGAAACUUGCUAAAGACUGGUGUUCCCGUCUUACAAACAACAGCGGAGUCUUUUCCGCAUGUCAUUCAGAAAUAUGUCCUGAGAUUUUCUACCAAUGGUGUGUCUAUGAUACCUGCAAAUGUGCAGAUAUUAGGAAGUGUAUGUGUGCGGCCGUGUCCAACUAUGCCCACGCCUGUGCUGCCAGAGGAGUCAUUCUCCAGGGCUGGAUGGAUUCUGACCCCUGUGCAUCUGAAUGUUUAGAAAACAUGAAGUACUCCUACGGUGUGUCCAGCUGUGGCAGCACCUGCCGCUCUCUCAGUGAACCAGAAGGAACCUGCCCAGGGUCCUUCACACCUGUAGACGGCUGCGUCUGUUCUGAGGGAACCUACCUUAAUGAAGACGGCAGUUGUGUGCCUGCCCACCAGUGUCCUUGUUACAAAGGCAACCAGGUCAUAGAACCAUCGGUAACAUCCAACAUAGACGGUGUUGCAUGCACCUGUACCCUUGGAAAAUUGCACUGCUCCAGUCAAGAAGACUGUGUGACUCCAAUGGUCUUCUUCAAAUGCUCAAAUUAUGAACCUGGAACAAAAGGGACAGAGUGUCAGAGGACCUGUCAGAACCAAGACCUAAACAACUGCGUGAGUACAGGGUGUGUAUCAGGGUGUAUGUGUCCAGAUGACCUUCUGGCUGAUGGAAAAGGUGGGUGUGUGGAGAGGACAAACUGCCCCUGUGUCCACAACGGACUCAGCUAUUCACCUGGAGAGCAAGUUCAAGAGGACUGUAACACCUGCACAUGCACAAAUGGGAUGUGGACUUGUACAGAUAAUGAGUGUUAUGGCACCUGUACCAUCUAUGGUGAAGGUCAUUUCAUGACUUUUGAUGGCAAGAAAUAUUCUUUCCUUGGAGACUGUGAACACAUCUUAGCCCAUGAUAACUGCAAUAAUGAACAGAGUCCAUAUUUUCUACGCCUGGUCACAGAGAACAUCCCCUGCGGCACCAGCGGCACCAUUUGCUCCAAAUCCAUCAAUCUUUUCUUUGGGAGAUACAAGAUGAUUUUAUCAGAGGAGAAUGGGAUCAAAGUUGUUGAAAGCAAUGGCACUGAUUACCUAUAUCAAAUCCAUACUGCUGGAAUAUACAAUGUCAUAGAGGUCAAAGGUCUUUUGAACUUAAUCUGGGACAAUAAGACGAGUCUGAUGCUCCAACUCCAUCCUAAAUUUAAGGGCAAGGUGUGUGGACUGUGUGGAAACUUUGACGGUAAUGCGAACAAUGACUUUGUGAAGCAUGAUGGAGAAGAGGUCACUGAUGCAGUGGCAUUUGGAAACAGCUGGAAGGUGAAUCCCAGCUGUCCAGAAGUGAGCAACUUGAUGAAUCCAUGUGAAAAAAAUCCACAUCGGAGUGCCUGGGCUAUCAAACAAUGCAGCAUCAUCACAAGCCCUGUCUUUACAGACUGCCAUUCACGUGUGGAUUCUGGCCCAUACUAUGAUGCCUGUGUAAGGGACACCUGUGCAUGUGACAGUGGGGGUGACUGUGAUUGUUUCUGUACUGCAGUGGCAGCUUACGCUGCUGAAUGCCGUAAAAAAGGAGCUUGUGUGGCAUGGCGAAGCCCAAGCAUAUGUCCUUUAUUCUGUGACUACUACAACAACCCUCCAGAUGAAUGUGAAUGGCACUAUAAAACCUGUGGAUCCACCUGCAUGAAAACUUGUAGAAACCCAUCAGGAACUUGUUCUAAUCAAAUUCCUCUUCUAGAGGGGUGUUUUCCUCAGUGCCCUUUAGAAAGGCCAUUUCUGAGGGAGGACACAAGGAAAUGUGUUACAGAGGCAGAAUGUCUUUCUCUGUGUACCUAUGAUGGGAAGAUAUACACUACUGGACAAGUGGUGUACGAUACCACAGAUGGGAAUGGCACAUGUUUUACGGCUGUGUGUGGUUUCAACGGCAUGAUAAUAAGAAAUAUUAACAAAUGCAUGACAACAACCACGCCAUUCACUUUCACAACUCCACCACAAACUACUAAAACAACAAUUAUAAUAACAGUUACAAAGACUUCCACCUCGACACCUAUGACAGUAACGCUAACAACGCCAGAAAUUUCAUCAACAUCUACACCUGCUGGUCAAACAUCACCAGGAGUUUCUACUACUGCAGUUACUGCUCCAACACCAUCUACAGAAACACCACCUCCCACGGGAACAGAAACACCAUCCACAGCUACUACAACUGCUGGUACACCAACACCAACAUCACCAGAAAUUUCUACUACUGCUGUUACUGCUGAAACACCAAUCACAGAAACACCACCUCCAACACGAACAGAAACGCCAUCAACAGCAACAACAACUGCUGGUCCAACGACACCUACAUCACCAGGAGUUUCUACUACUGCUGUUACUGCUCCUACUCCAUCUACAGAAACACCACCUCCCACAAGAACAGAAACACCAUUAACAGCUACUACAACUGCUGGUACACCAACACCAACAUCACCAGAAAUUUCUACUACUGCUGUUACUGCUGAAACACCAAUCACAGAAACACCACCUCCAACACGAACAGAAACACCAUCAACAGCAACAACAACUGCUGGUCCACCAACACCUACAUCAUCAGUAGUUUCUACUACUGCUGUUACUGCUCCAACACCAUCUACAGAAACACAACCUCCCACAGGAACAGAAACACCAUCCACAGCUACUACAACUGCUGGUACAGCAACACCAACAUCACCAGAAAUUUCUACUACUGCUGUUACUGCAGAAACACCAAUCACAGAAACGCCACCUCCAACACGAACAGAAACGCCAUCAACAGCAACAACAAUUGCUGGUCCAACGACACCUACAUCAGCAGGAGUUUCUACUACUGCUGUUACUGCUCCUACUCCAUCUACAGAAACACCACCUCCCACAGGAACUGAAACACCAUCCACAGCUACUACAACUGCUGGUACAGCAACACCAACAUCACCAGAAAUUUCUACUACUGCUGUUACUGCUCCUACUCCAUCUACAGAAACACCACCUCCCACAGGAACCGAAACACCAUUAACAGCUACUACAACUGCUGGUACAGCAACACCAACAUCACCAGAAAUUUCUACUACUGCUGUUACUGCUCCAACACCAUCUACAGAAACACAACCUCCCACAGGAACAGAAACCCCAUCCACAGCUACUACAACUGCUGGUACAGCAACACUAACAUCACCAGAAAUUUCUACUACUGCUGUUACUGCUGAAACACCACAGACCGAAACGUCACCUCCGACACGAACUGAAACACCAUCCACAGCUACUACAACUGCUGGUACAGCAACACCACCAGAAAUCUCUACCACUGCUGUUACUGCUCCUACUCCAGCUACAGAAACACCACCUACCACAGGAACCGAAACACCCUCCACAGUAACAACAACUGCUGGUCCAACGACACCUACAUCACCAGGAGUUUCUACUACUGCUGUUACUGCUCCUACUCCAUCUACAGAAACACCACCUCCCACAGGAACUGAAACACAAUCCACAGCUACUACAACUGCUGGUACGCCAACAUCACCAGAAAUUUCUACUACUGCUGUUACUGCUCCUACUCCAUCUACAGAAACACCACCUCCCACAAGAACCGAAACACCACCCAUAUCUACUACAAUUGCUGGUACACCAACACCAACAUCACCAGAAAUUUAUACCACUGCUGUUACUGCUGAAACAACACAGACAGAAACGCCACCUCCAACACGAACAGAAACGCCAUCAACAGCAACAACAAUUGCUGGUCCAACGACACCUACAUCAGCAGGAGUUUCUACUACUGCUGUUACUGCUCCUACUCCAUCUACAGAAACACCACCUCCCACAAGAACCGAAACACCACCCAUAUCUACUACAAUUGCUGGUACACCAACACCAACAUCACCAGAAAUUUCUACUACUGCUGUUACUGCUGAAACACCAAUCACAGAAACACCACCUCCAACACGAACAGAAACGCCAUCAACAGCAACAACAACUGCUCGUCCAACGACACCUACAUCACCAGGAAUUUCUACUACUGCUGUUACUGCUCCUACUCCAUCUACAGAAACACCUCCUCCCACAGGAACAGAAACAUCAUCCACAGCUACUACAACUGCUGGUACAGCAACACCAACAUCACCAGAAAUUUCUACUACUGCUGUUACUGCUCCUACUCCAUCUACAGAAACACCUCCUCCCACAGGAACAGAAACAUCAUCCACAGCUACUACAACUGCUGGUACAGCAACACCAACAUCACCAGAAAUUUCUACUACUGCUGUUACUGCUCCUACUCCAUCUACAGAAACACCUCCUCCCACAGGAACAGAAACAUCAUCCACAGCUACUACAACUGCUGGUACAGCAACACCAACAUCAACAGAAAUUUCUACUACUGCUGUUACUGCUGAAACACCAAUCAGAGAAACACCACCUCCAACACGAACAGAAACGCCAUCAACAGCAACAACAACUGCUGGUCCAACGACACCUACAUCACCAGGAGUUUCUACUACUGCUGUUACUGCUCCAACACCAUCUACAGAAACACCACCUCCCACAGGAACCGAAACACCAUCCACAGCUACUACAACUGCUGGUACACAGACACCGACAUCACCAGAAGUUUCUACUACUGCUCUUACUGCUGCACCAUCAUCUACAGAAACACUACCUACGACAGGAACAGAAACUUCUCUGACACCAUCAACAAUUACUACAACCAUUGUUAAAUCAACAGUUUUGACAGUAACAUCUACAGUGACAGAAAUGCCAUCGACUAAGUUCACUGUAUAUACAGAAUCACCACCUAAAAGAACACAUGCUGCAUCACCUCAAAUUGUCAUCACAACGAUCUGUCACUGUACAUUUGCAAAUCAAACUUUCCCACCUGAGUCAAUCAUUUACAACAAAACUGAUAAAGCAGGCUGGUGCUACUUCGCUUACUGCAACUCCAAUUGUGUUAGUGAAAUAACACAGAAACCAUGUCCUCAGACUACCACAGUUCCAAUUUCAACCGUUCCAAAUGACUGUACCGAUGUCAACAGAAAGAAUGGAGAGACAUGGAAUGAGGGAUGUACCACUAAAAACUGCAUAAAUGGGAAUGUUACUACAAGCCCUGUACAGUGUGAUCCAGCUGAUUCUGUCAUACCUACAUGUGUCAACGGACUUAAGCCUGAGAAGGUUUAUUAUAACAAUGGCUGCUGCACUAAGUACGAGUGUCUAUGUCGAUGCAGUGGCUGGGGUGACCCUCAUUACAAUACGUUUGAUGGAAAAUAUUAUGUUUUCCAAGGAAAUUGCGACUAUGUGUUGGUCCGAGAAAUCAUUCCAAGAUACAAUAUCAGUGUCCAUGUUAAAAACUAUUAUUGCGAUGUUACAAAUAAUUUUGCUUGUCCAGAGUAUGUGACUGUGAAGUACAAAUCCUAUGAAAUCAAGCUAGCAAGUAACAGUAAAGAGAUACAGGUUUACGUCAAUGAUGCUGUUAAGGUCCCAACUUUCUUGAAUGAAGAUUUCAGCAUCACUACCUCGGGCAUGGCAGUGAUUUUGAACAUUAAUGAAAUCAAAGCUGAGAUUUUAGUCAGUCAUCAAGGCUUUGAGAUCAAUCUCCCGUUCACCUACUUCCAUGGUAAUACAGAGGGACAGUGUGGUGUUUGUGACAAUGAUGCCACAAAUGACUGCAGACGUCCCGAUGGAACAACUGACCAGUCAUGUGAGCAAAUGGCAGCAUUGUGGGCGGACUCCCCAGAAUGUGAAACCCCUCCAACACAUCCAAGCGAACCUCUUCCUACCUGCACAGCACAAAUCUGUGAGGUCAUCAAGAGCGAUUUGUUCAAGAGCUGUCACGACAUCGUUCCCUAUCAAAGCUACUAUGAGGCAUGUAAAUAUGAUGUGUGCUACAAGAAAAAUGACUCCAUGGCCUGUGCCAGUGUGGAGGCCUAUGCACAGCUAUGCGGCCAGCAGUCUAUAUGUGUGGACUGGAGAGACUCAGCUGACCUCAACGGGCUAUGCGCAUACAAAUGUGCUGAUCACAAAGUCUUCAAGGCAUGUGGGCCUAAAGUUGAAAGAACCUGCAGUACAAGAUACAAUGAGAUUUUUGUGGAAGACCAAAGCCAAACUGACCAUCAAACAUUCAUGGAAGGUUGUUACUGUCCUGACAAUACAUAUCUAGUUAGUUCCACAACAGAUCAGUGCACACCUACUUGUGAUUGCAUUGGCCCCGAUGGAUUACCAAGACAGCCAGGAGAUACAUGGAUCGUGAACUGUACAACAUACAAAUGCUCCACUGAGAGCUUUGGUGUUGUUCAAGAGCCUAUGAAUUGUCCAACCAUAGAGCCCUGUGGCCACGAAUACAAAAGCAUCAUUGAAAACUGCUGUCCAACCUGUGUGUGUGAUACCAGCCAGUGUUCUAUGAAAUGUGAUGUGGGAUAUGAGUUCGCAGCAGAGAUACCUGAGGACAGUUGCUGUCCACCAUGUGUGCCCAAAGAUGUAUGUGUGCACAAUAACACUGAGUACCAGCCUGGAGUUAAAAUCCCUACGGAGCCUUGUUUGGAAUGUUACUGCCAAAUGGAUAAAGACCCACAGACCCAACUACAUUCUGUGGCAUGUGUAAAUAAAGUCUGUUCACCUUGUGCUGAGGGCUUUGAGCGUGUAGAACAAGAAGGAGAGUGCUGUGGAACAUGCAAGCAAAUCAGCUGCAUUUAUACUGCACCAGACAACACCACACAUACUCUCCAGGUUGGAGAAGUGAAACAUUACAAUUGUGAGAAUAUUACCUGCAGUGAAAUUAAUGGCUUGUUUGUGACAGAGAAGAUCACACCAAAAUGCCCUGACUUCAAUCCAGAUGAUUGUGAGCCUGGAACUGAGAGAUAUGAUGCAGAUGGAUGUUGCAAGAUCUGUGAGCCCAAGACUUGCGUUGUUUUGAAGAACACAACCCAUGUGGAUGUAAAUGACUGCAAGUCCAUCCACCCCAUAGAAGUGACAUCCUGCAGUGGUCACUGUGGCACCCAAUCAAUGUAUUCAAUGGAAAAGAACAGCAUGAUGCACAUCUGUUCUUGUUGCCAAGAGGAGAAAGUCAGUCGUCGACAGGUGACGCUGAAGUGUGCCAAUGACAGCGAGGUUGUUCAUGACUAUAUUCACAUUGAGAGCUGCACAUGCACUCCUAGAAAGUGUGUAGACUAAAAGGCCUGAAGACUUGAUAAAAGAUGCUGAUCUUAAAGCUAUUCCUUUGAUUAUUGCUGAUGUGAGCUAAAUUACUUAAGACAAGGGAUAUUUGAAAUAAGGAACACGGCAAGGAAUUUAUGCUUUUAUUCUAGGGCUAGGGUUUUCACUUUAAAUAUGAUCUUACAUGUUUAAAUUAUCUGUAACAAAACUAUUUCAAUUGUCUUUUCUUUGGUAUAAUGAAAGUUCUGUAUAAUUUUGAUGAAAUAAGUGAAUGUUCAACACAAUAAAGAAGUUAACCAGCAGCAAAAAAAAA